CAUCCCUACUCCAGGGGAUCAGGGGAUUACACGAGUGUCAAUCCAAAUCACCCAGUCCUUCCACUCUUCACUGACCGGAUGACCACACCUCUACUCGCGGAGAUAUGGACCUAAUCAUUUAACAAGUCGCUAUUGGAUUUUUAUCGGCAUUAUCAGUUUGAUUUGCAGGUGUGCGAUGGGGAACUCGUAUGCAGGCCAGUUGAGGAGCACACGUUUUGAGGAGGUGCUUCAUAACUCCAUCGAGGCUUCUCUCCGCUCCAACACUGUGGUGCCACGGCCUGUCUUCUCACAGCUCUACCUGGAGGCAAAGCAGCCAACCCUGCACAACAACGGCCGGGUAGAGAAUGAGAAUGAGGAGGAAGAUGGCUCAGAGUCCAACAGCCCUCCCGUCCCGUACAAGAUGAAGCCCUCCCCAGAGGGAUGCUGCACGACGGACGGAUUCUGCCACGCGGGUAGAGAUCUGCGUCUAUCCUCCCUGGUGUCAGAGCCUCAAGACGUGCCCCCAGGAUUCCAGCUGGUAGGGGCCUUGUCUGCAGGCACACCAGACACCCUGCUGGUGUGUGCAGUCGACCGCAGGUUCCUGCCCGAUGAACGGGAAUGCAACGCACUGCUGGGGUUCUCGGGGAACUGUAUAGGCUGUGGAGAGAAGGGUUUUCGCUACUUCACAGAAUUCUCCAACCACAUCAACCUGAAGCUGAGCACCCAGCCCAAGAAACAGAAGCACUUAAAGUACCAUCUGUACAGGAACAACCAGGGACAGCUGGUCAGAGGGGCUGCUAUCUGCUGGAAGGGCCUCGAGAGCAGAGGGAGACAGACAACGCAGCCCAACGCCUCUGACGGGCAUGUAACCUCAGACGAUCACUUCCCCAACCCAGCAGUCACCGCUCACCCUGCACACACACCCGGGAACUACACAGAACCCAUUGCCCCCCCUCCCCUGGGCAACGGGAGCCACAUCCCCCUAUCCCAGAAUCCUCUGCCCCAGACUCCCAUACUGUCGAAAGGACCUUGGAGACCCACAGUUAUAGGUACACUCAAUACGGGACCACUUAAAAAGAGACACAGAGGCUGGUCUCCUGCUGGGGCUGAGUCUGCUGUGAAGACCCCCCUAUCUUCCUCCUCCUCUUCCUCAUCACUCACCAAUUGGACCAAACCAGACAAUGCCCCUGCAGUGAGUCUGUCCCAGGGGUCCUCCAACUCCCCCUCUCCUCCCGGGCCGUCUGUCACAGUGCCUGAUCAGCUGCUACACACCUGCAGACUCCAGCCAAUCAUCUUCAGUGGUGUCCUACAGAAUCUGGGGUUGGAGCAAGACUGUCUGUCUCAGAGAGAGGCAGAGCGCUACGUGGUGAAGAUGGACCAGGAGGCCAGGGCGCGCAUUGAUGACCUCAUACAGGAAGCAAACAGGAACCCCAACACACUCUUCAUUCUGGUUCAUGACCACGCUCACUGGGACAUGAGCAGUGGAGGGUAUGCUCCCAGCGGUGGUGACUCCGGCAGUGGGUUGGUGGACAGCCUGCUCAACUCCUGUCAGAUCAGAGACGCCAACAACAUCCUGAUUCUCCACGUCACCUCGUUCCCCUUUGCCCUGCAGACACAACACACACGCAUCAGCCCAUACAACGAGAUAUACUGGCCCUCUGCUUCCAAUAAUGAAGUGGAUCUGUACCUUGAGAAGACACAGUACUUUGGUGUGUGUGAGCUGCUGGACUCGACUCGUUCAGGCAGCGGUCUGCCUCUCCUCCGCUACGACAGCUCCAUCGAAAGCAUGGCCUCUGUCCUGGAGGAGAGGUUCCCCAAGCUACACAGUGCAGUGAUCCGGACCCAGGUUUUAAUACAACACUACUGUGUGGCCAUGAUGGCCGUGUCGGGUCCGUCUGGCUCAGGGGGGCGGAGCCAACAUAAACACACCUCCGUCGAAACGCUGGAGAUCGUCCAGAGCCUGCUUAGCGCCGCCCAGCGAUGCCCCUCCCACCAUGGUCACAUGGUGCUGCUACGGCUCCUCUCAUUGGCUCUGGCAGGGUGGGCCCACCAACGGCUGGUGUGGAUCAGACAGAGACUGGGGCUGGGGGAGCUCUUUGAGAUCAUCCUGGGAAACCCCAGCCAAACCCUCAGCAUAGGACAGAGCUUCACUGAGCGCAUCAAGACAUGGCUGAAAAUCCAGGAGACAGACUGGGUUCCUCGUACCUACCUGGAGCUAGAGGCCCUGCCCUGCAUCCUCAUCCUCUCUGGUGCAGACCCCCUGGGAGAGUCCCUACCCAGAUCACUGAAGUACUGUGAUCUGCGUGUGAUAAGCUCCUCCUACCUGCAGCGCACGGCAUUGGAGCAGGAGCUAGGAUUGGCGGCCUACCUGGUGAGGGUGGAGUCCCAGGGGUCACAACCCCACGGCCACGCCCCCGGCCUGGGCGGUGACCUAUCAGAGAGCGACUCAGACAAACUCAACAGCACCGACAAUGAGGAGAAGGAGGGGGGAGAGAACACUCUGAAAUCUGACCUCCCUGGCCUUGGUCACAGCACUCCCUCUGUCCCUCACCCUCCCUCGGUUCUCCAGCCCUCCCGAACCUUCCCCGACAGCAUUGCUGCGGACCCCCUCCAUCCCCACACCACCCCCCAAGGCCCUCACCGCCCCCCCAACACCCAGCGCCGGCCCUCCAAGUCCACUUCCUUGGUUUCCUCCUCCCCCCUACCCCCCUCUCUCCUUCAGGGCUGCUCCUGGGCACGGGGGGUGAGCCGCCCCCCUUCCCUGCUGCUGCCCCGGGGACUCUAUGAUAUCAUCAAGGCACGCGACGGGAGCGGGCUGCCUCGCUGCACCUCCUUCCUACCACACCGGUCUGUGACCUGGGCCAGCUCCUUCAGACCUCUGCUAAGUAAGAUGAUGACGUGUAUAGAACAGUCUCUGUAUUACCGCCAGUGGACCAUCCCACAGCCUCACCACAUGGACAGCAGCAACCGCCCUGCAAAGGGGCGCACAGACAACUUCCAUCCCCGCAGACUGCUGCUCAGCGGACCCCCACAGGUAUACACAGACAUACACACAUGCAGACUGCUGCUCAGCGGACCCCCACAGGUAUACACAGACUUCCAUCCCCGCAGACUGCUGCUCAGCGGACCCCCACAGGUGGGGAAGACAGGGGCGUACCUCCAGUUUCUGGGCAUCCUGUCUCGUAUGCUGAUCCGACUGAUGGAGGUGGACAUCUAUGAUGAGGAAGAUAUCAACUUCAGUGGUCAGCUGGAGCGUGUCCAGUACCAGCCAACCUGUGCCUCCUGGCCAGUCACAGACACACUGAGGGCCAUUCCGUUUGACUACACCGUCCACGACCCCAAAUAUGAAGACAUCAGCACUGUCUACUGCCCUGGCUACUACCCCAACACUGAUGGAAUCCCCAGACGUCAGAAGGACGUGUAUCUGCGGAGGCGUACAGCCAGAAUCAAACUGUCUAAAUACGCAGCCUACAACACCUACCACCACUGUGAGCAGUGUCACCAGUACACAGGCUUCAACCCCGCAUACCAGAUGUAUGAGUUGACCCUGCAUGCCUUCACCUUCUCCCACCUGCUGCUGGGGGAGGAUAUUCAGCUCUACUUCAUCAUUCCCAAGUCUAAACACCACCACUUCAGCUUCAGCCAACCAGGAGGCCAACUAGAGAGCAUGAGACUGCCCCUCACCUCCGAUUGGAACCCAGACUGUAUCAAGAGUCCCAUCUUCACCCCAACAACAGGUCGUCAUGAGCAUGGCCUGUUCAACCUGUACCACGCCAUGGAUGGGGCGGCCCACCUCCACAUCCUGGUCAUCAAGGAGUAUGAGAUGGCUGUCUAUAAGAAGUACUGGCCCAACCACAUUAUGCUGGUGCUGCCCACCAUCUUCAAUGGAGCCGGGCUCGGUGCGGCCCACUUCCUGAUCAAGGAGCUGUCCUAUAACAACCUGGAGCUGGAACGCAGGCGCAGGGUGGAGGGAGGAGGGCCGCCAGCCGACGUCUGGCCCUUCAUCAUCCUCUCUGACGACUCCUGCGUCAUGUGGAACGCUGUGGACCUGGACUCACGCAGUACCUCAGGCCAUGCAGAGAGGAACGUGUCUCUGAAGCAGAUGUUGCAGCACAUGGAGGCGUGUCCUGACCUCACACAGUUCGGCCUCUGUGGGAUCAGGAAGUGGAGCAGUCACUCCCCAGGUCAGGGGUCAGGGGGAGGAGAUCGUCACAGGGAGCCUUUCUCCAGAGGACACCUCCACGACUUCCUGCUUCUAAACGUGGACCUGACCCAGGGCAUCCAGUUCAACCAGAACAGAUUUACGUGUGAUGAUGUUGACUUCACCCUGCGAGUCCACAGCGCUGGUCUGCUCAUCUGUCGUUUCAACAACUUUAGUGUGAUGAAGAAACAGAUCUCUGUUGGAGGAUACCACACCUUCAUCAUCAAGAACAAGAUGACUGACGUCCCCACCUCGGUCCAGCCGUCUCAGUAUAUCUGUGCCCCGGACAGCAAGCAUCCAUUCCUGGCCACGCCUGCACAGCUACUGCUGGAGAAAUACCUGCAACACUCUAGCCUGUUCCCCCUUAGCACAUGCAACUACACACACCCCAUACUGUCUGUAGACUGCUACCUCAACCUGGGGCCUGAGGUGACGGUGUGUUUUGUGAGUUCCAGACCUCACUCCAUCAACAUCUGUACUACAGGGCUGCUGUUCAGCGGCCUGUUGCUCUGCUUCUGGGAUUCCUUCGUCACGCCAGGAUUCCUAAAGAACUUUCACUUCCUCAAAGGGGCGGUUCUGUGUGUGAUAUGUGCUGACCGCAGCUCUCUGAGACAGACAGUGGUGAGGCUGGAGCUCGAGGACGAGUGGAGGUUCCGGCUGAGUGACGAGUUCCAGACAGCCAACGCUAAAGAGGACCGGCCCCUCUUCUUCCUCACAGGGAAACACAUAUGAACCCCCCUAACUCCUAAACCCAUGAAUCUCAACCCGUACCCCUCAGCUUGAACCCUGCUGUAGGUUCAAAACAGAAAGGCAAAAACUGUCUGUACACUUCUAGUGGAUCAAGCCAAUAACCCAUGGAGAGAGUAGCUGCUAGUGAAUAUAGCUAUGAGUCUGCGACUUGUAUGGCUCUGUUUACUGUAGCAUUGCUGUGGUAUUUACUACAAUACUACAAUACUCCAAUCAGCCUUCCUCCUCUCUGGUGUGAUUUGUUACAAGUCAUCAUUCCACAGUGCAUGUCACCAUUCUUAUUGUAGAUAAUGAAGUGUCGUUUUUUUUAAAGAAGUUUUUUGUGAUAUACAAUGAUUCAAUAUUUUGCAUAUAUUUUGACAGUUUUGUGUCAUGUAAAAAGUACUUAUCUAUCUAAAAGAAGAUGUUCUCUGUAGUGAUUUCACGCCGGUGUUCUUCAAGAGGUGAGAACUCUUAUGUGCGUGUGGCUCUCAUUUCUGACGCUCUGUGUUUGUGGUCUCCUGAUUAUCAAUAUGUUGAGAAACUUGAAUUGAUGUUGUCAUGUUCUAUAGACACAAUGUCCUGUGUACUGUUAUGUUUUACAAUGUAUAAAUGUACAUGUUC